AAUAUCACUUUCAGUCUAGGCCAAAGUCAAACGUAGGAUGCUGAGAGAUAUGCCGGCAGAGGCCUCAGAGGCCAAGGGCGGUAUGUGAAUUUCCCAAAAGUUGAAACUGGUUUGGUGUUGUCGCGGUGGGGGAAGUGUGGGAGAUCUGGAACGUCUUGAUGGUCGAUUGUCAAUCGUCAAUCUUUGUUGUCUGUUUGAGAUCUGAUGAUACUUGAUGUCUCAAAGUUCUUAAAUCCAGAUCGAGUUAAAGUCUAUACACUUCAAUGUGACCAACUGAGAGGUAGUGGUUGAGUCGAAAAUAGCGAUUUCAAGCAAUGGUUUGACUUGAUGCUCUAAUCGUGUAGUGACCGAUGAAGUCUGGUAACGUAAAUGUGGGGGUGAGAUCAUGAAACGAUGAAAGAUGUGUGACGAUGACCGAUGAAGUCUUUCAAUUUCCGAAUGACGGAGUGAAAUGUUCGGAAAUCCAAUAUGAGGUAAUGAGCAAAGAAGGUGUUGUAAAAACCUCCACUGUCGUGCGUGUGCAAGGUGAGAGGAGAGCAGAUUGUACGAUGAUCCGAUGGCGCCGAUGGACUAUUUGGAAUUUUGAGAAGCUAGCAGCUUUCGUCAGAACUGGAUACACAGCCGAACUUGUAGUCAAUGUGGGAAGGUGAGGAAAUGUGUUCCAGAAGGAAGAUAAAUAAAGGGUGUUGUCUAAUCCCAAAAGCCAGGAGGAAAGUGUGAAAGGAGAAUAACGUUAAAGGGAGUCGUUGAUCUUGAGGAAUAUUGACAAUUGGUUCUUUG